AUGGCCUUGCUCCUGGUCUCCUUGCUGGCACUGUUGGGCUCAGGAACUGGAUGUCAUCACUGGCUCUGUCAUUGCUCUAACAGGGUCUUCCUCUGCCAAGACAGCAAGGUGACGGAGAUUCCAUCCGACCUCCCCCGGAACGCCAUUGAACUGAGGUUUGUGCUUACCAAGCUUCGAGUCAUCCCAAAAGGAUCGUUUUCUGGAUUUGGGGACCUAGAGAAAAUAGAGAUCUCUCAAAAUGAUGUCUUGGAAGUAAUAGAAGCAGAUGUGUUCUCCAACCUACCCAAGUUGCAUGAAAUUAGAAUUGAAAAGGCCAACAUGCUGCUACACAUCAAUCCCGAGGCCUUCCAGAACCUCCCCAGUCUACGAUAUCUGUUAAUAUCCAACACGGGCAUUAAGCACCUGCCAGUGGUUCAUAAGAUUCAGUCUCUUCAAAAGGUUCUAUUAGACGUUCAAGAUAACAUAAACAUCCACACCAUUGCCAGGAAUUCCUUCAGGGGACUGAGUUUUGAAAGCGUGAUUCUAUGGCUGAAUAAGAAUGGGAUUCAAGAAAUACACAACUGUGCAUUUAACGGGACCCAGCUAGAUGAGCUGAAUCUAAGCGAUAACAAUAAUUUGGAAGAAUUGCCCAAUGAUGUUUUCCAGGGAGCCUCUGGGCCAGUCAUUUUAGACAUCUCAAGGACAAAGGUCCAUUCCCUGCCCAGCCAUGGCUUAGAAAAUCUGAAGAAGCUGAGGGCCAGAUCCACUUACAGUCUGAAGAAGCUUCCUAGUCUGGAAAAGUUUGUCACCCUUGUGGAGGCCAGCCUUACCUACCCCAGCCACUGCUGUGCCUUCGCACACUGGAGACGGCAAAUCUCUGAACUUCAUCCGAUUUGUAACAAAUCUAUUUUAAGGCAAGAUAUUGAUUAUGUGACUCAGGCUAGGGAACAGGGCAUCUCUCUGAUAGACGAUGACCCCAGUUAUGGAAAAGAAUCCGACAUGAUGUAUAGUGAAUUUGACUACGACUUAUGUAAUGAAGUCGUUGACGUGACCUGCUCUCCAAAGCCAGAUGCAUUCAAUCCAUGUGAAGAUAUCAUGGGGUACAACAUCCUCAGAGUCUUGAUAUGGUUUAUUAGCAUCCUGGCCAUCACUGGGAACAUCACAGUGCUGGUGAUCCUAACCACUAGCCAAUACAAACUCACCGUGCCCAGGUUCCUGAUGUGUAACCUUGCCUUUGCUGAUCUCUGCAUUGGAAUCUACUUGCUAUUCAUAGCAUCCGUUGAUAUCCAUACCAAGAGCCAGUACCACAAUUAUGCCAUCGACUGGCAGACAGGAGCGGGCUGUGAUGCCGCUGGCUUUUUCACCGUCUUUGCCAGUGAACUAUCGGUCUAUACACUGACAGCCAUCACCCUGGAAAGGUGGCACACCAUCACUCAUGCCAUGCAACUGGAACGCAAGGUGCAGCUCCGCCAUGCUGCCAGCGUCAUGGUGAUGGGCUGGAUCUUUGCCUUCGCAGCUGCUCUCCUCCCCAUCUUCGGAAUCAGUAGCUACAUGAAAGUGAGCAUCUGCCUACCCAUGGAUAUUGACAGCCCUUUGUCCCAGCUGUAUGUGAUGGCCCUGCUUGUCCUCAAUGUUCUGGCCUUUGUAGUCAUCUGUGGCUGCUAUACCCACAUCUACCUCACAGUCAGGAACCCUAACAUCGUGUCCUCAUCAAGUGACACCAAGAUUGCCAAACGCAUGGCUACACUCAUCUUCACUGACUUUCUCUGCAUGGCUCCCAUUUCUUUCUUUGCUAUUUCUGCCUCCCUCAAGGUGCCCCUCAUCACUGUGUCCAAGGCCAAGAUCCUCCUCGUUCUGUUCUACCCCAUCAAUUCCUGUGCCAAUCCUUUCCUUUAUGCCAUCUUCACCAAGAACUUCCGCAGGGAUUUCUUCAUCCUGAUGAGCAAGUUUGGCUGUUAUGAAAUGCAAGCCCAGAUUUAUAGGACAGAAACCUCAUCCACUGCCCACAACUUCCAUGCAAGGAAGGGCCAUUGCCCCUCGGCUCCCAGAGUCACCAAUAACUCCAGUUACAUGCUUGUUCCUCUAAGUCAUUCGGCCCGGCAAUAAAAUGCAAUGUGAAAAUGGAUCACCACCUUGAAUGGCAAUGACUUCCUUCUAAAGUAGGCCAGGGAAUAGCUGGCAGUAUUUCUAUACUUGCAUCUAAUUUUCAUCUUCCUGGCUCUGCACAUGGCAAAUUGAUCAGGAACUGA